AUGAGAGUUGAGCUCUUUGGUUGCACAAGUGCAAUCUGCAGCACACCCUUAGGUUUACAAAAUGGUCGUAUCCGUAACAGUAAAAUCACUGCAUCGUCCGAGUACAAUGUGUACCACGCGGCCAGACUUGGGAGAUUGCAUCUGCACAAGAGAGGAAGAUAUGUUGGAGCCUGGUGUGCAAAGCACAAAAACAAAAAUCAGUGGUUGAAGGUGAACCUGGGACGACUGAUGAAAAUCACAAAAAUUGCCACUCAGGGAAGACAGGAUGCAGCGCAGUGGGUGACAUACUACAGAGUGUCAUCCAGUGUGGAUGGCAUACACUGGCAAAUGUAUCGCUUCAAAAACAACGAUAUGACCUUCCGUGGCAAUUAUGAUCAAAACAGCGUCAAAAUACAAGCUUUGACUCCUGCAAUAUAUGCCAGGAUUAUAAAGAUUCACCCGUGGGGAUGGCGAAGUCAUAUCUCGAUGAGGGUGGAAAUCUACGGAUGUCGAGCUGAUCCCUGCGAUGUUCCUCUCGGUCUUCAAGAUGGCCGUGUUACUUCAUCUAUGCUCACGGCAUCCUCCAUGCACAACCACUACUACGGUCCCUGGAGUGCUAGGCUCCAAGCCAGGAACUAUGGCUCCACCCGAGGAGGCUGGAUUGCGAAGUACAAUAACAAUAAGCAAUGGCUACAGAUUGACCUUGGAACUAAGUGCAGGGUAAAGAGGGUUUCCACUCAGGGCCGGUAUGACGCUAACCAGUAUGUGAAGUCCUAUACAGUGUCUUACAGCCUGAAAGGUGACAAGUUUGUGUCAUACACAGAGGGGCGAAAGAUCAGGAUCUUCCAAGCCAAUAUUGAGAGAUACUUCGUCGUAACCCAUCGCUUCUUUAGGCCAUUUGUGGCUCGAUUUGUGCGAAUCAAUGUCAGGAGUUGGUAUGGAUACAUCUCUAUGAGAGUUGAACUUUACGGCUGUAGAUUAGGUCGAAUGUGUAACCAACCAAUGGGAUUACAGAUUGGACGCCUUAAGAACCACCUGAUGACAGCCUCUUCUCAGUGGGAUAAAUACCACGCUUCUUUCCUGGCGAGACUUCAUCGUCGGCGGGCAGGGAAGUAUAUGGGUGCAUGGAGUGCCAGGAUUAACAACAAAUACCAGUAUCUACAGAUUGAUUUUACAAGGCCGUCCAAGAUUAUCAAGAUUGCCACUCAAGGAAGGGACGACGCUGAUCAGUGGGUCACACAAUACUAUGUCACUUACAGUGUCAAUCUGGUCAAUUUUGUGGAAUACAAGGAGAGAAACAAUAGGAAGUAUUUCACGGGAAACCGAGACCGUAACAGUGUGGUCCACAAUUCAUUUAAUCCUGCGAUUCGAUGCCGUUACAUCCGGGUUCAUCCAUGGGUAUGGUACAGACACAUUUCUAUGAGAGCUGAGUUCUAUGGAUGCUUCACAGAUCGUUGCACCAUGCCACUUGGUAUGGAAGACCGCCGUAUCUUAUCAGGACAUCUUCGUGCUUCGUCAUCAUACAAUUACAACCAUGGCCCUGAGCGAUCGCGUCUCAACAUCUACGCCAGUCACAGCCGCACGGGAGCCUGGGUAGCCAAGUAUAGAAACACAAAGCAAUGGCUGCAGAUCGAUUUGAGGCAGAUGUGUAUCAUCAAAGGAAUCGCCACGCAGGGAAGGAGAGAAGCUCAUCAGUGGGUGUACACUUAUGUUCUCUCGUACAGCAAAGAUGGCCGAAGGUUUAGAGCUUAUACAGUUGGUGGAAGACUCAAGAGAUUCCGUGGAAACUAUGAUAUCUACCAUACUGUUGCCCAGAGAGUAUCACCUUUUAUAAGAGCUCGGUACAUACGAAUUCAUCCCAAGACCUGGAGGUCUUAUAUUGCCAUGAGAGUAGAACUGUAUGGGUGCCGAUACAAAGAAUAUGUAUGCGACAGACCUCUUGGUAUGCAAAGUGGCCGAAUCAAGAAUGCAGCCAUCACAGCUUCAUCUCAGUGGGACAAAAACCAUGCUUCUUGGCUUGCCAGACUUGGGAACAUGCGUCGUGGCAGACUGAUGGGUGCGUGGUCUGCUAAGAAGAACAACCAUAACCAGUGGAUCCAAGUUGAUCUGCACAGAUCUAUGAAGGUCACCGGUUUGGCAACACAAGGCAGGUAUGAAGCUGCGCAGUGGGUGACAGCGUUUGACGUUCUCUACAGCGCGGACGGAGUGAAGUUUGCUAAAGUCAAGGAUUGGUGGGAUGUGGUGAAGACAUUCCCUGCCAAUCAGGACAGGUACUCCAUACGCAAUAAUCCUCUGCCGUAUCCCAUCUAUGGACGCUUUGUUCGACUGCAAAUGCGCGGCUGGCGAUCACACAUAUCAAUGAGGCUUGAGUUGUAUGGUUGUCCAUGGAACCGUUGUGACGUACCACUUGGCGUUGAAGAUGGUCGCUUCCCCGACCAGCUCAUCACUGCUUCCUCAUUUUAUAACUACUACUGUGCACCAAGAAACGCCAGGCUCCACCAGAGACGAGUUGGAAGAUUUGGAGGAGCUUGGUGUGUAAAAAGAAGCGAUAGACGACAGUUCCUUCAGUUCGACUUUGGAGGACUUACCCGAGUAACACGCGUCUCCACACAAGGUCGUCAAAAUUCUGAUCAGUGGGUUACAAGUUAUUAUGUAACUUUUAGCCGGGAUGGUCAACAUUAUGUACCUUACAGAGAAGGACGCCGUACUAAGAUAUUCGCUGGUAAUUAUGACCGAUACAUGGUCGUCACCAAUCGAUUCCUGAGGCCACUCUCUGGAAGGUACUUCAGGAUUCAUCCUGUUACUUGGCGAAGCUGGAUUUCAAUGAGAGUGGAAUUCUAUGGCUGUGUAAUUGGCCCAAGAUGCGACAAACCACUCGGUAUGCAAAAUGGCCGCAUCCGGCAAACCCAACUAUCAGCCUCCUCGAGCUGGGAUGUCAAUCAUGGUCCUCGCAAUGCCCGGCUACACUUCCGCCGCACAGGUUCUCGUAUGGGAGCCUGGUGUGCCAGGCACAACACCCGCUACCAGUGGCUUGCGGUAGACUUUUAUCGUGCCAUGCGCGUGGUGAAGAUAUCCACGCAAGGUAGACAGGAUGCUGCACAGUGGGUCACGCAAUACUUUGUAGAGUACAGCCAAGACGGUUCUACGUUCACUGAAUACAAGGAAAAUAGCAACAGAAAGUAUUUUACAGGAAACAGGGAUCAGAAUAGCGUUGUGCAAUAUCGUCUGUUUCCACCAAUCAAAGCUCGGUUUGUGCGCAUUCGUCCUUGGGGUUGGCACAGACAUAUUUCUAUGAGAGUGGAGUUCUUUGGAUGCCCAGAAGACUCAUGUGGUGCUCCUCUUGGUUUGGAAGACAAGAGAAUCCCAAAUGGCCAAUUUUCUGCCUCAUCAUAUUACAAUCAUCACCUCGCACCGUGGCAUGGAAGACUAAAUCACCGGUGGUCAUGGAGCGUACGACACCGUAACAACAAGCAAUGGCUCCAGGUUAAUAUGGUGGAAAUCUAUCGUGUGAGAGGCAUCGGAUCCCAAGGCCGACAGGAUGCAAAUCAAUGGGUGAAGAGUUAUACUGUGGCGUAUGGAAUGAAUGGGGUGGAUUUCGCUCAGUAUAAAGAGAAUGGGAGAGUGAAGUUAUUCACAGCCAAUACAGACCGCCACUCACUAGUGUAUCAUAGAUUCAAUAAGAGACUUCCUGCUGUCUAUGUCAGAGUUUACCCAAAGACCUGGUACAGUUGGAUAUCGAUGAGAAUCGAAUUGUAUGGAUGCUCAGCUGCUGUUUGUAACAAAGCCUUGGGUAUGAAGAGUGGCGCUAUUAGGAAUAAGCAAAUCACAGCUUCUUCAGAGUGGAACAAAUACCACAAUGCCAGACUGUCCAGGCUAGGGACCGUCAAACGAGGUCGGUACAUGGGGGCCUGGAGCGCACGACACAACAAUCACCAUCAGUGGCUUAAAGUUGACUUUGGUCGACCAAUGAAAAUCAAGAAAAUAGUCACAAAAGGUCGACAGGAUACUAACCAAUGGGUAACAAGAUACCAAGUGACGUACAGUCAAGAUGGAACGCACUGGACUAUGUACCGAUACAAGAGCAACGAUGUGUACUUCCAAGGAAACCGAGACCAACACAGUCUCGUAUGUAAUGUACUUAACCCAUCAGUGAUCGCUCGUUUUAUGCGUAUUAUCCCACGAGGAUGGUAUCGGCACAUCAGUAUGAGGAUAGAGUUCUACGGAUGCAAAGCAGACAAGUGCGAAGCCCCGCUCGGAAUCCAAGAUGGCCGUAUAACGCAAUCCAUGAUGUCUGCGUCCUCGUUCUACAACCGAUAUUAUGGUCCAUGGUCUGCCAGACUGCAGGCUCGGAAACACGGUGCAACCCGUGGUAGCUGGGUGGCUAGAGUUAACAACAAUCGACAGUGGCUACAGAUCGACCUCGGAGCCAAAUCUGUCGUCAAGAAGAUUGCCACUCAGGGCAGAUAUGAUGCUAAUCAUUGGGUUACUAGUUACACGCUGUCGAUUAGUAACAAUGCUGUCAGGUUUUAUUCUUACAAGGAAAAUAGGCGCACAAGGAUCUUCCCAGCCAAUCAAGAGCGAUACUUCGUCGUCACACAUCGUCUUUUCAGACCGUUUGCUGCUCGUUUUGUUCGUAUCAAUGUCAGAACUUGGUAUGGACACAUUGCUAUGCGGGUUGAACUCUACGGAUGUGUGCUUGGACGUCGUUGUAACCGACCAAUGGGGCUCCAGACAGGCGCAAUCAAAAACAGCAUGGUUACUGCCUCGUCUCAGUGGAAUAAUUAUCAUGCUGCCUUUCUUGCAAGACUUCACUGGAGUCGCCGCGGACGAUACAUGGGGGCCUGGUCAGCAAAGCACAAUAAUCGUUACCAGUACCUGCAGGUGGAUUUUGGAAGGGCGGCAAAAAUAAUCAGAAUUGCUACUCAAGGACGUCAAGACGCUGAUCAAUGGGUUACACAGUAUUACGUGAUGCACAGCUUAGACUUACUUCGCUUUAGUGAAUACAAAGAGCGCAACAGCAGGAAAUAUUUCACUGGAAAUCGUGACCGCAACUCUGUUGUUAUGAAUCCGUUUAAUCCAGCACUCAAAUGCCGUGCCGUCCGAGUGGUGCCUUGGGGAUGGCGCUCUCACAUUUCUAUGCGAGUUGAGUUGUAUGGAUGCUUCACAGAUCGUUGUACGAUGCCUCUUGGUAUGGAAGAUCGUCGUAUCCUCUCGGGUCAUCUUCGGGCCUCGUCGUCCUACAACUACAACCACGGACCUGACAGAGCACGUCUUAAUAUCGUCAACGGGCAUGGACGAACAGGAGCCUGGGUAGCCAAGUAUCGGAACACCAAGCAGUUUCUACAGAUCGACUUGAGACGGUUAAGCCUUAUCAAAGGAAUCGCUACACAAGGAAGGAGGGAAGCUCAUCAAUGGGUGAAGAGUUAUACACUUUCAUACAGUAGGACGGGCCUGAGGUUUAUCAUGUACACUGCCUAUGGCCGAGUUAAGCUUUUCCGUGGCAAUUAUGAUAUUUAUCACACUGUAUCACACCGCAUCAUCCCACCUAUCAAAGCGCGCUUUGUCCGUCUGCAUCCAAGAAGCUGGCGAAGUUACAUUGCGAUAAGGGUAGAGUUGUAUGGAUGCCGAGCCAAAGAGAAUUUCUGCAAUCGCCCUGUGGGUAUUCAAAAUGGUCGUAUCAGGAAUUCUGCCAUGACAGCCUCGUCUUCGUGGGAUGCAAACCACGGCCCCUACUUGGCAAGACUUCACCGCCCGCGUCGCGGACGGCUUAUGGGAGCCUGGUCUUCCCGCCACAAAAAUCAUAACCAGUGGCUGCAGAUUGACUUGGGAAAGGCCAUGAAGAUAUCAGGUAUUAACACUCAGGGACGGCAAGACGCUGACCAGUGGGUGACAGCCUAUUGGGUCCUGUAUGGAUAUGAUGGGACGCACUUCUCAUAUGUUAAAGAAUGGUGGGACAAUUUUAAGACUUUCCCAGGUAACUACGAUAGAAACGGAGUUCAGACGCGAUCCUUCAAUCCACCAAUAUAUGGAAGAUUCGUGCGCAUUCAGCCAAGAGGCUGGAGAUCCCAUAUUUCCAUGAGACUGGAGUUGUACGGCUGCCCCUGGAGUAAAUGUGAUAUUCCACUCGGUUUGGAAGAUGGACGUAUCCCUCACCCAAUGUUCCGAGCGUCGUCUUCGUACAACUUCUACUGCGCGGCAAGAAAUGCCAGGCUCCAUCAGCGCCGCGCUGGAAGAAAUGGAGGGGCUUGGUGCUCACGUCAUAGAAACAAUAAACAAUGGCUGCUAGUGGACUUUGGAACUGAUACUGUAGUCACGCGGGUUUGCACUCAAGGACGUCACAAUGCUGACCAAUGGGUGACCAGCUAUUAUGUUUCAUUCAGUAGCAGAGGUCAGCGGUUUAUAACCUACAAGGAAGGACGCAGAACAAAGAUCUUCUCUGGAAACUAUGACCGGUUUAUCGUCGUUUGUAACCGUUUCUUGAGACCCAUAAAGGCUCGAUACUUCAGGCUCCACCCAGUCACAUGGCGAAGUUGGAUAUCUAUGAGGGUAGAAUUCUUCGGUUGUAUUGUGGGUCCACAAUGUAACAAACCACUAGGAAUGCAAAACGGCCGACUUCGAACUUCUCAGAUCAGUGCAUCAUCCAGCUGGGACAAAAACCAUAGUCCGAACAAUGGUAGACUCCACUUCAGAAGAGCAGGUUCCCGGAUGGGGGCGUGGUGCGCACGUCACAACAAUCGUUAUCAGUGGCUCUCGGUUGAUUUUGGUCACCCAAUGAGAAUCAUUAAGAUAGCAACUCAAGGACGUCAAGAUGCCGCUCAGUGGGUGACUCAGUAUUAUUUGUCCUACAGCCAGGAUUAUGUUUUCUUUGCGGAAUACAAACAAAAUAGUGCAAGACGGUAUUUCACUGGAAACAGAAAUCAGAAUUCGAUCGUCCAAUAUCGCCUGUUCCCCCGCAUAAUAGCUCGUUACAUCAGAGUUCACCCAUGGGGAUGGUACAGACAUAUCUCUAUGAGAGUGGAGUUCUAUGGAUGCGUGCAAGCAAGAUGUUCCGUACCAGUUGGAGUGGAAGACAAA